GAAGAGUGCUGUGCUUUACAAGAGAAACACUCCAGGCGAAGAAGAAGAACGUUUGAAGACACGGGUGCCGUUGCGAAGGCAAGGCAAUACUCCGUACCCAAACAGAAAACACUGCUGGCGCCUGGCGAGCCACUCGCGGCGCGGCACAAGCGGAGACGUGUAGGUGUGUUAUCCCGGCCUGACCCUGGCCCUGACCCUGACCCCACCUGCACGUGACAGCCUGCCGGCGGGCCAGGGCUGUGUUGUGGUGACCACCCCUGCUGCACACCAGCCCAACAACAACAGCCACGAACACCCUGUACUACCGGGGCUUGGAGGCCGUAGUCCCGUGGCCUGACCAGCCCCCAAAACGCGGAGGAGGAGGAUCUUUUCUGAGGGUGACACAUCUUGGAGUCAUGGAGACCAUGGAGGUUUCCUGCCAUGAUGUGGAUGUGAAACUAGCAGGAGUCAAGAGGAAGGCUGUUACAGAAGAAUCGAGGAUCAACAAGAAGCAAACAACACUGUUACCACAGAUUGAUGUUGGAUGUGGUAAACUCCCUGUUCCUGGAAGUUUUUUGAAAUUACAAGAAGUCUUAGAUAUUUGCAGACACCCAAAAAAUAUUCUUGAGUCUGUGCCACCAGGAAAGAAAAGCAAUGUAUUCUAUAUUGUUGAUGACUCAAUAAAUGCUCUCAGAAGAGAAAGGGAUCAACCAGUCAAAUAUGAUGAUGACUGUGGAAAGUGGACAUCCAAAGAUUUCACUCGAACCUUUUAUGUUCAAAAUGUUGAAGGGAUAGCUAGAUGCUUGAAAACGAAAAAUAAUCUUUUUUAUAAAGACUCACAUGCCAAGGGUGGGUCUUUUGUGGCUCCUUUGAACCCGCAACCAGACCCAAGUACCCUAAUUAGGGUUCAUCGGCGUAUAUUCCUAUCUUCCAGAAGCAGCUUCAGGAGGCGCAUUACAGCAAUGUCAGGAAGUGGUAUGAGAACCAUUGCACUCAUUGAGUACAGUGAUGCCUCGAGUGCUGUACAUGGAACAGAUGACAAAGGAAUUGAUAAUAAGGAAGAAAGUACCAAGAUUGCUGUGAACCCCAAAGAUUUCCAUAGAAUAGAGAACAAGUUUGUUCAUAAUGCAGAAAAAAGUUCCAGUAUUGCUGCAGACUCUAAAGACGUGUUUGGGACAGACAAUGUUCAUAAAUCUGAAAAAAGUUCCAGUAUUGCUGUGAACUCUGGACAUGUGCUUGGGACAGACAAGAAUGUUGCUCAUAAAUCUGAAAAAAGUUCCAGUAUUGCUGUGAACUCUGGACAUGUGCUUGGGACAGACAAGAAUGUUGCUCAUGAAUCUGAAAAAGGUUCCAGUAUUGCUGUGAACUCUGAACAUGUGCUUGGGACAGACAAAAAUGUUGUUCAUAAAUCUGAAAAAGGUUCCAGUAUUGCUGUGAACUCUGAACAUGUGCUUGGGACAGACAAGAAUUUUGUUCAGAAUGCAAAAGACUGUAGUACCAAUAUUGCUGUGAACUCCAAACAUGUGCUGGAAGCAAAGAAGAAAGUUGUUCAUAAUGUGGCUAAAAGACCUAGAGGUAGGCCUCGUCUUAAUAGAGUUCAUAAUGUAGUGAGGAGACCAAGGAGUAGGCCUCCUAUGAAUAUAGGCCAUAAUGUGGUAAAAAGGCCUAGGCGUAGGCCUCCUAGGUACAGAGUCAGUUGUGGUGAUGCUGAAGCAAACUACCAUAGGAGCAGCAAAGUACGCAGAACAAGACUAAAGACGUGCAAGUACCCCACUCCUAAGGAAUGUAGCAGUAAUGGUAAGCCAACUUUUGAACCUCAUGAAGAAUUAGUGGGUCAUGACAAAAGGGUUCCCAUGAGCAGCAGACAGCCAUCACACAAACCAGGCCAUGCCACCACAGGGAUGCAGAAGGAUACUGCAGGGUAUGAUGAAGACUUUCUGAUGGUUGGCAUGUUAGAAGAAAAUCCAAAUGUCCAGGAAGUAAUCAGCAGAAAAUCUAAGCCCCCGUGUGUCAUUUUGUAUAGUGACAAGCAAUUCAGUGAUAUGAAGAGGAACCUUGAGUGUGAAUGUAUAUUGGGAGUGGACUGCACUCACAAGUUUGGUGAUUGUUAUGUCACCAUGACAGUCUACCAGAACUCCAGAGCACUACACAAAGACACAGUUGAGCCACUCCUGUUCCUGGGCCCUGUGUACCUUCACUGGGAUAAGGAGUGUUUGACGUAUGUGUCUUUCUUUUCACAUAUAAUGGACAAGUUAGAGGGCAUUGAGCCUACUAUUGAGGUGAAAUUAGGAAAUGAUGUUGAGUUACAAUUGUUCAGAGCAUUGAAUAUUUCUUUCCAACAUCACCGUAUAUACUUGACUGUCAUCAUCUGA